AUGGCCGAUCCCUCUAGCUUCGACAAUGAGGAGAAUGAGUCCCUCGCCCGACAAGCUCUGUCUUUGGUUCUGGCACCGGUCCAUCUCCUUACCUCUCGAACCGCGAUCAAAGCCUACCUGAGCACUCUCCUGUUCCUAGCCACGUCCACCGUUCUUCUGGCCAUAUCCUCGUUCGCAUAUGGCUUCUUCUACUAUAACUACAUCCCCCAGAUCAAUCUGGAACGUGUCAUGUACUUGCAAUAUGGCCAGGGUCCUCAUCCUCACGCGACAACGGCCCUAGACACCUCGGCCUUGGUAUCCCAACAAGCAUACGAUGUCGAAUUGAUCCUCGAUAUGCCCCGGACACCCAAAAAUGUGGACGCAGGGAACUUUAUGUUGGACUUGUCUCUGCUUGGUCCGGGAGUCCAUGCAAAGAAUAUUCCUGACCCAGUCUCGGCGUGGCUGGCCAACAUCACUUCCGAGAAUCUUCUCUAUCACUCUCGUCGACCGGCCACCCUUCCAUACGCAUCUCCCAUUUUGUCCGUCAGCCACAUGCUCCUGAACCUCCCAUGGCACUUGCUCAAUUUUCGGGAUCUAGACUCGUCUCAUUUGGUUGUGCCAAUGUUUGAAAAGUUGUCUUUUCCACGUGGAUCUCGCAACGUACCCACUCACGCCAGGCUAGAGAUACAGUCGAGUACCAUCCUUCAGGUCUACGACGCUAAACUCGCUUUUCGGGCCAAAUUCCAAGGUCUGAGGUAUCUGAUUUACAAUUACCGCGUCACGGCAUUCGUCAUCUUCACGGCAUUGUUCUACACGGUCAGUGUCACCAGUAUGGCGCUGGCCUGGGCUCUCAUAUCGAACCUGCUCUCUUCUGGUGAGAAACCCGAUGGAGAGUCGGGGAGAAUCAAACAAGAAAGCCGUGAUGACAACUUGCACGUCAAACCGGAACGAGACUCGGGGUCGGGGACGAAAGUGAAGACCGAAGAUGACACGGAGUCAUCGACCCACGGUUUGUCCCUGUCAAAUAUAUCCGACACCGCCACACAGUUUCCUCCAGGAAGAGGCCCAAUGCCUCUAACAUAUUCCAAUCGCGCGACGACGGCGGAGGGGAGAGGUGACCAUGCUCCAGAGGAUGAUUGGACACGGCCAAUGGGACCCGAUGAGGCGGCUGAUGAUGAAGAUGAGGAUGAUGACGCGGAAGAAAUCCAUGACCGACGGCUUGAUGGUGAUUCUGGUAUUGGCACGAGUAUGGAGAGUGAACACACUGCUUCAGGCCCUGUCAGAAGAAGGAGCUCACGCGGGUUUUCGAACCGAUGA